AUGCUAUCCAAUAGUAGACAAUCAUAUGAGGGAAAUUAUAUUUCUCAACGGUUAAAUGAAUGCAAAGAAGGUGCUGUGAGUUAUAGGUCUAAUCCUGAACUGGGAAAGGAGCAGAUACAACCCAUAUAUCACUCAUACUUGCCACCAAUUCCAGGGAUCGGAAACCAUCAGGUUUAUCAGAAUACGGGAAAUGUCUUCAAUGGAAGUUAUGUUUCUGCACAAGAUACAUUGAUGUCCCACAAUUCUGUAUCCUCGAAAGCAACGACGAUGUCAAUCCCAAAAAUCGAUAAACAUAUGACUGUGAAUGCAAAUUCGAAUCGAUUUAGCACAGGAUUAGAACAAAAUCAGGAGUUACCAGAAAAUGAUUUUAUUAAAAGACAACCAAGGUCUCCAGUUAAGACAUGCUACCAUCAAGACAAUACAUACAGUAGUAUAAAUACAUCACGAUUUUCAAUUCAUUCUUUCGAACAAACAUCUGUCACAAACAUUUCUACAAAUAAAGUAGUGUUAAUCAACGAUAUGCCAUAUCCAGUGGAAUUGCAUUUUCCAGCCAAAAUUUCAGACAGGAAAAAAAGUUUUCAAGGUCGGGAACUGUCAUCCAGCAUACCUAAAAAUCGAUUUGACUCUUCAAUUGAUAAUACGUAUUCUCAAGAAGUGUCAUCUUGUUCAAUUAUUGGAAAUGAAAUAGUUGAAUGCGAUACCAAAACAAACAAUUAUGACCAUCCCCACGAAUAUGAUAACGUGAUUCAAGUCAUCGACUCCUACAUCGAGUGA